UAACGCAUUGCAUAAGCACGGUUUCCAUUGGAUGCUUCUGUAUUUUUCCGCGGAUGGUGAUUGCAUACAGAAUACCAGCCUGGCUUGCCGCUGAAAUACAGCUAGUCACAUUUAGCCAUCAGUGGAGGAAAACAGUCAUCUGGUCUAGUUGAGAGAGAGAYAGAGAGCGAGAGGUAAAAUGGGCAAAUAAGCCCAUAUCAAGUCUGUAUAGCUUGUCCAACAGAAAUGUAUCUAAAUUGUCAUUUAAAUACGUCGGAAUGGUUCGUAAUCCAUUUCCAAAAAUCCACCACUAUAUGGCAACUUAAUUAACGSUGUCAUAAUUUAACCGUUAAACCGCGAGCCUGUGAAAAUGGGAUUCCUCCACCAGCUACAUCUUCUGUUGUGGAAGAAUGUGUCUUUGAAGAGGAGAGGACCGUGGGUGUUGGCCUUUGAGAUCUUCAUCCCUCUGGUCCUCUUCUUCAUUCUGCUGGGCCUGCGCCAGAAGAAACCUGCCAUCCCCGUCAAGGAAGCUAAUUUCAGCAGCGCGCCCCUGUCACUCAGCAGCACAUUCCAUCAUGCAGUCUCAGUCUGUCCAGACGGCCAGCGAGGACGAUUUGGCUUCCUAAGUAAGAGAAAUCAAGUGAGUCAAGACAGUCCUGUCACCCAGUUGUUGGAGCGGAUCCGUGAGGUGGUGUUACAGAACCACCUCUUCACAGCAGACAGGCCAGGACUGGGCCAGGAGCUGGAGUCCCUACAGCAACACCUGGAGAGCCUCAGCACAUCUGCAGGGCCCUACCCACUGGACAACAAUUUCAACACCAGCCAAGGGUUCACAGUAGCCAGUGUGUUGAAGAACCAGUCAGUGUUCCAUCAGUUCCUGGUCAGGAAUCUGUCACUCCCCAAUGACACCGCCAGCCUGCUGCUCUCCACUCCUGUCAACCUCAAAGAGGUAUUCAACCUGAUCUUUGGCCUGUACCCCAGAACUGGAGGGGGGAGUAGUCACAGUUCUGGAAGGGAAAAAGAGACCACACACACCCCUGCAGAGAAGAUCCUUCAACUGGAGGAGAAGCUGCUGGGAGUCAUGCAAAGUCUGGAUGGUGGACUGAUCCACAAAGCUUUACGAGAYCCAACCAAAGCAGCCCAUCGRCAGGCCCUACUCAAACUCAUGUCCCAGGCUUUAGGCCUAGCAGGAGGAGGGGCAGGCCAGAGAUACGACCCUCAGGGACUGAAGGAGGUGGAGGGUGUUCUCCUGACUGGUGCCAUGUUGGAAAUGCUUACCUGUGGGGAGGAUGGGCCUAGUGAGCUGAGCAAGAUCCUAUUGGUUCCCGAGAAGCAGCAGUCCCUGCUCCAGGCCUAUCACAGCGCAGCAUGUGGUGGUGGGGCGGGACAAAGGACUGAGCGCUUUGGAGAGAUGAGCCAGGAGCUCCGAGAGCAGAUAGACACACAGAGCCUCAUUGACAAGCUGCGUCUGGAGCAAGCCAACUCCUCGGCCCCUCUGUCCCAGUCCCACCUGGGUGCUCUGCUGAAGGACUUGGCUGACGUGGAGAGGCUCCUCAGGGAUGUAGACCUGCUGUCAGGCCUGGCUCGCCUGCUCCCCAAGGGCGCCUGUGCCGGCCACGCCCCCCCUGGGGCUCCAGCCAACACCACCACKUCCUGGUCCCUCAACGCCACCACCUGGGGGCCCAACACCACCGAGAACACCUGGGAGGAGGGCGGAGASGAGGGGAGAGGACGAGAGAAAGAGAAUGUGAAAGAAGAGAACCCUCACUCGUUUUCCACCUUUGUGCAGCUGUGGGCAGGGCUGCAGCCUAUUCUGUGUGGGAACAACAGAAUCAUUGAGCCAGAGGCUUUAAAGCAAGGGAAUAUGAGCUCUCUGGGCUUUACCAGUAAAGAGCAGCGCAAUCUGGGCUUACUAGUGCAUCUGAUGACUACAAAUCCCAAGAUCCUCUACUCUCCCAUCGGCUCACAGGUGGACAAAGUCAUUCAGAAGGCCAAUGAGACAUUUGCGUUUGUGGGGAACGUGACUCACUACGCCCGGGUGUGGCUCAACAUCUCUGCCCAGCUCAGGACUUAUCUGGAGGAGGGCAAGCUGCACCACCACCUGGCCUGGAUGCAGCAGUUGACCUCUGACCUACGUGGUCACCCGGAACUGCUGAAUGGGACAGACAGUGAUCUGCUGCGUGGGUUGCUGGAGGGCAACUACACCCUGCCCAACACCUCCACCCUGCUGGAGCAGCUGGACACCAUUGACAACGCCGCCUGUGGCUGGACACACUUCAUGUCCAAGGUCAGUGUGGAUAUCUUCAAGGGUUUUCCGGAUGAGGACAGCAUCGUCAACUACACACUGAACCAAGCUUACCAUGAUAACAUCUCAGUGUUUGCCAGUGUGAUAUUCCAGACCAACCUAGAUGGCUCCCUGCCUCCUCAUGUCCUCUAUAAGAUCAGACAGAACUCCAGCUUCACAGAGAAAACCAACGAGAUACGCCGGGCCUACUGGCGCCCAGGGCCCAACACGGGGGGAAAGUUCUACUUCCUCUACGGCUUUGUGUGGAUCCAGGAUAUGAUGGAGAGAGCCAUCAUUAACACGUUUGUGGGCCAUGACGUGGUGGAGCCUGGCAACUAUGUUCAGAUGUUCCCUUACCCCUGCUACACAAGAGAYGACUUCCUGUUUGUGAUCGAGCACAUGAUGCCUCUGUGCAUGGUGAUCUCCUGGGUCUACUCUGUAGCCAUGAUGAUCCAACACAUUGUGGCGGAGAAGGAGCACCGGCUCAAAGAGGUGAUGAAGAUGAUGGGCCUGAACAACGCGGUCCACUGGGUGGCCUGGUUCAUCACUGGCUUUGUCCAGUUGUCCAUCUCAGUGACGGCCCUGACGGCCAUCCUGAAGUACGGUCGGGUGCUCCUCCACAGCGACAUCUUCAUCAUCUGGCUCUUCCUCUCCAUCUACGCCAUCGCCACCAUUAUGUUCUGUUUCCUGGUGUCAGUGAUCUACUCCAAGGCCAAGCUGGCGUCAGCGUGUGGUGGGAUAAUCUACUUCCUCAGCUAUGUCCCAUACAUGUACGUGGCCAUCAGGGAGGAGGUGGCCCAUGACAAGAUCACGGCCUUCGAGAAGUGUAUCGCUUCUCUUAUGUCGACCACAGCGUUCGGACUGGGCUCUAAGUACUUUGCCCUGUACGAGGUGGCUGGGGUUGGUAUCCAGUGGCGCACCAUCAACCAGUCACCUGUAGAGGGCGAUGACUUCAACCUUGGCCUGUCCAUGAUGAUGCUCAUCAUCGAUGCUAGUGUGUAUGGAGUACUCACCUGGUACAUAGAGGCUGUGCACCCAGGGAUGUAUGGGCUGCCUCGGCCGUGGUACUUCCCCCUGCAGAAGUCCUACUGGCUGGGCAGUGGGCGUGUGGAGACAUGGGAGUGUCCUUGGGGGGGAGGGGCCAGGCUGAGUGUCAUGGAGGAGGACCAGGCGUGUGCCAUGGAACACCGGMGAUCUGAGGAGAUGCGUGGUAUUGAAGAGGAGCCCAGCCACCUGCCUCUGGUGGUUUGUAUAGACAAGCUGACCAAGGUCUACAAGAUGGGCAAUAAGCUGGCCCUCAACAAGCUGAGCCUCAACCUCCACGAGAACCAGGUGGUGUCCUUCCUGGGACACAACGGAGCCGGCAAGACCACCACCAUGUCUAUUCUUACAGGCCUGUUCCCGCCCACCUCUGGCUCAGCCACCAUCUACGGCCAUGACAUCCGUACUGACAUGGAGCGUAUCAGGCAGAACCUGGGCAUGUGUCCCCAGCACAAUGUGCUCUUUGACAAGCUCAGCGUGGAGGAGCACCUGUGGUUCUACUCCAAACUCAAAGGCAUGGCCGAGGAAGACAUCCGCAAGGAGAUGGACAAGAUGAUAGACGAUCUAGAGUUGAAUAAUAAGCGUCAUAGCCUGGUGCAGACUCUGUCUGGGGGAAUGAAGAGGAAGCUGUCCGUGGCCAUAGCGUUUGUGGGCGGCUCCCGGGCCGUCAUCCUGGAUGAGCCUACGGCGGGGGUGGACCCCUACGCACGCAGAGCCAUCUGGGACCUCAUCCUCAAGUAUAAACAGGGUCGCACCAUCCUGCUGUCCACCCACCACAUGGAUGAGGCUGACCUGUUAGGAGACCGCAUAGCCAUCAUCUCCCAUGGGAAACUCAAGUGCUGCGGCUCUCCACUCUUUCUCAAGAGCACCUACGGAGACGGCUACAAACUCACCCUGGUCAAGAAACAGAGUGAGAGCGGAGACCAGGUCACCCAGCCUCCCUCCACCCUGUCCCCUUCCUCCUCCUCCCUGUCYCCCUCCUCCUCCUCCUCCCUGUCUCCCUGCUCGGAGGCCCGGGUCACCCAGUUCAUUCGUCAAUUUGUGGGGUCCUGUCUGCUGCUGUCUGACUCCAACACUGAGCUAUCCUAUGUGUUGCCCUCUGAGGCUGUCAAGAAGGGCUGCUUCGAGAGGCUAUUUCAGGCAUUGGAGCAAAAUCUGKCCAUCUUGGCUCUGACCAGCUUCGGGGUGAUGGACACCACUCUGGAGGAGGUCUUCCUCAAGGUGUCCGAGGAGGACCAGUCCCUGGAGAACAGUGAUGCCGACAUGAAGGAUUCCCUMGGCGGUAUCUCAGUGGGGAAACCUGCUGCUGCAGUGGGUCUGGGGGGCWCUGGAAAGCCACAGGAGCCGGGGGCUCCGGCGGGGAGCAGCAGCAGUGUGGAGAGGCCAGAGGUAGAGCUCUCUAACCUGGUGAUGAGCUCCAGACUCAGCCAGAGCCAAUCCUCCCUGCGCUCCUCCUCCUCCCUGGGGUCCGUACUGGGGGAUGAGGAAGGGCUCUACGCAGACUUCUACGGAGACUACUGCCGCCUCUUCGACAAUGGACGGGACCCUCACUCUACCAGCCUGAGGGCGGAUGUGGAGGAGGCCUCCCCGGAGCCUGUGGUCCUGGAGGGGCAGGGCAGCUUYAAGCUGGAGGGCUGGUGGCUGAAGCUACGCCAGUUCCACGGCCUCAUCGUCAAGAGGUUCCACUGCGCCAAGAGGAACACCAAGGGCCUCUUCUCACAGAUCCUGCUGCCCGCAUUCUUCGUCUGCGUGGCCAUGACUGUYGCGCUCUCGGUGCCUUCCAUCGGAGAUCUGCCACCACUGAUCCUGUCCCCAUCCCAGUACCACAACUACACCCAGCCCCGUGGCAACUUCAUCCCCUACGCCAACGAAGACCGCCCACAGUACAGGAGUAAACUGUCCCCGGAUGCCAGCCCUCAGARGAUCGCCAACACGCUGCGUCUGCCAUCGGGCGUGGGCGCCACCUGCGUCCUCAAAACGCCCUUCAACAGCACCCUGGACCAGCUGGCACAGACGCUCAACCCCAGCGCCAACAACAGCAAGACCCUGGCCGCCCGCUACUUUGACUCCAUGUGUCUGGACUCCUUCACCCAGGGAGUGCCACUGUCCAACUUUGUACCCCCUCCCCCCUCGCCAGCCCCCUCCGAUGACCCCGACACUCGCUUUGAGGAUGGGCUGUGGAACUUYACUGCCACCACUCCUACCACUGUCAGGGAAACGGUGACGUCUCCUCCCACCCUGUCCCUGUUCAUCCGGGAGCUGGUUCGUUGUAUCUGCUCCAUGCAGGGGACGGGCUUCUCCUGCCCCAGCGGGGUGGGGGGGCGGCCGCCCCUUAUGAAGGUGGUCACCGGGGACAUUCUGGUAGACAUCACUGGGCGCAACGUGUCAGAGUAUCUCCUCUACACCUCUGACAGACUGCGCUUGCACAGAUAUGGAGGACUCACAGUAGGCAACAUACAGAAAUCAGUCCCAGCAUCCUUUGGGAAAAAGACUCCGCCCAUGGUUCGCAAAAUAGCAGUCCGCAGAUCAGCUCAGGUGCUGUUCAAUAAUAAAGGGUACCACAGCAUGCCAACCUAUCUCAACGUCCUCAACAAUGCCAUCCUGCGUGCCAACCUGCCUCCAGGCAAGGGCAACCCUGCCGCAUACGGAAUCACACUGACCAACCACCCCAUGAACCGCACCAGUGCAAGCCUCUCUCUGGACUACUUGCUCCAGGGCACUGAUGUGGUGAUAGCYAUCUUCAUCAUCGUGGCCAUGUCCUUUGUACCAGCCAGCUUUGUGGUCUUUCUGGUGGCAGAGAAGUCGACCAAGGCCAAGCACCUGCAGUUUGUGUCUGGAUGUGACCCUGUCAUCUACUGGCUGGCUAACUAUAUAUGGGACAUGUUGAACUAUCUGGUGCCUGCCACRUGCUGUGUCCUUAUCCUGUUUGUCUUUGACCUUCCUGCGUACACAUCCCCAACCAACUUCCCUGCGGUCCUGUCUCUCUUCCUCCUCUACGGGUGGUCUAUCACUCCAAUCAUGUACCCGGCCUCCUUCUGUUUCGAGGUGCCCAGCACGGCCUAUGUGUUCCUCAUCGUCAUCAACCUUUUCAUAGGCAUCACUGCCACAGUGGCCACCUUCCUGCUGCAGCUCUUUGAGCAUGACAAGGAUCUGAAACUGGUGAACAGCUACCUAAAGUCCUGUUUCCUUAUCUUCCCAAACUACAACCUGGGUCACGGCCUGAUGGAAAUGGCCUACAACGAAUACAUCAAUGAGUACUAUGCUAAAAUAGGUCAGUUUGACAAGAUCAAGUCUCCAUUUGAGUGGGACAUUGUGACUCGAGGGCUGGUAGCCAUGACAAUCGAGGGCUUUGUAGGAUUCUUCAUCACCAUCCUGUGUCAGUACAACUUCCUCAGGAAACCCUUGAGAGUACCAGUGAGCAGCCAGCUCAUAGAGGAUGAUGAUGUGGAUGUGGCCUGUGAGAGACGGAGAGUACUGAGAGGAGAUGCUGACAACGACAUGCUGAAGAUUGACAACCUCACCAAGGUGUACAAGUCGAGGAAGAUGGGUCGUAUUUUGGCUGUGGACCGGUUGUGUUUGGGUGUGCGUCCUGGGGAGUGUUUUGGCCUCCUGGGUGUGAACGGAGCAGGGAAGACCACCACCUUUAAGAUGCUGACUGGUGACGAGAGCACCACAGGAGGGGAGGCCUUCAUAGGGGGAAACAGUAUCCUGAGGGAGCUGUUGAGAGUGCAGCAGAGCAUUGGUUACUGCCCUCAGUUUGAUGCCUUGUUUGAAGACCUGACAGCCAGAGAGCACCUGGAGCUGUACACACGCCUCCGAGGCAUCCCCUGGAAGGACGAGCAGAGGGUGGUCUCAUGGGCCCUAGAGAAACUGGAGCUCUCCAAGUAUGCAGACAAGCCCGCUGGCACCUACAGUGGGGGAAACAAGCGCAAGCUGUCUACUGCCAUCGCCCUCAUCGGAUACCCCUCUCUCAUCUUCCUGGAYGAACCUACUACAGGGAUGGACCCUAAGGCCCGCAGAUUCCUCUGGAACCUCAUCCUUGAUAUCAUCAAGACGGGACGCUCUGUGGUGCUGACAUCACACAGUAUGGAGGAAUGUGAGGCUCUGUGCACCAGACUGGGCAUCAUGGUCAACGGCAGGUUCAAAUGCCUGGGCAGCAUCCAGCACCUCAAGAACAGGUUUGGUGACGGUUACAUGAUCACAGUGCGGACUAGAACCAGUGCCAAUGUGAAGGAGGUGGUGAGAUUCUUCAACAGGAAUUUCCCYGAGGCUGUACUAAAGGAGCGCCACCACACUAAAGUCCAGUUCCAGCUGAAGUCCGACAGUAUCUCCCUGGCCCAGGUGUUCAGUAAGAUGGAGCAGGUGGUGGAGGUGCUGGGGAUAGAGGACUACUCUGUCAGCCAGACUACACUGGACAAUGUGUUYGUGAACUUUGCCAAGAAGCAAAGUGACAACCUGGAGCAGCAGGAGAGUUCCCCCCCUGGUGGAGGCCAGUCACCCCUGCAGCGCCUGCUCACCCUGCUGAGGCCCCGGCCGGCCAAUACGGAGCUCAGCGCCCUGGUCAGCGAAGAGCCGGAGGAACUGGAGAGUGACGACGAUGAGGGUCUCAUCAGCUUUGAAGAGGAGAGGGUGCAGCUCUCCUUUAACACAGAUACUGUCUGUUGAACUGUGGAAACUCAGAGGGGGCGUGGCUGGACAGACCACGUGGGAGGAGGAAAC